GUGGCCAGUUGCACCAAGUAUAAAGAGCCCGGGGUCGGAACUACCGACCUCGAAGGGCUUCGUACUCUAGCUCCUCCUUCCUUAAGUCUCGGCUCCGGUUCUACUCGACCCUCUCGGGCCUCAGCUGCUUGGGGCUGCAGCGGGAAGAUGGCGGAGGCGGCGUUGGCGGCUGCUUUGGCGGAUGUUCCCGGGCUGUCCCGUCUCCUUGAGAUUGACCCGUAUCUGAAGCCCUACGCAGUGGACUUCCAGCGGAGGUAUAAGCUCUUCACCCAGACUUUGAAAAACAUUGAAGAACAUGAAGGUGGUAUUGACAAAUUCUCCAAAGGCUAUGAAUCAUUUGGAAUCCAUAGAAAUGCUGAUGGUGGUUUGUAUUGUAAGGAAUGGGCCCCAGGAGCAGAAGGAGUUUUUCUUACUGGAGAUUUUAAUGGUUGGAAUCCAUUUUCUUAUCCAUAUAAAAAACUUGAAUAUGGGAAAUGGGAACUCUACAUCCCACCUAAGCAUAAUAAAUCAGUUGUGCCUCAUGGAUCAAAGUUAAAGGUGGUUAUAACUAGUAAAAGUGGAGAAAUUCUGUAUCGUAUUUCACCAUGGGCAAAAUAUGUACUUCGUGAAGGUGAUAACGUGAAUUACGAUUGGAUUCAAUGGGACCCAGAACAUCCUUAUCAAUUCAAGCAUUCUCGACCCACAAAGCCAAAGAGUCUAAGAAUCUAUGAAUCUCAUGUAGGAAUUUCUUCUCAUGAAGGAAAAGUAGCUUCAUAUAAACACUUUACAUGCAAUGUUCUACCAAGAAUUAAGGACCUUGGAUACAAUUGCAUUCAGUUGAUGGCUAUUAUGGAGCAUGCCUAUUAUGCCAGUUUCGGUUAUCAAGUGACAAGUUUUUUUGCAGCAUCAAGCCGUUAUGGUACCCCUGAUGAACUGAAAGAACUAGUUGACACUGCUCACUCAAUGGGAAUUAUAGUUCUCUUGGAUGUAGUUCAUAGUCAUGCAUCAAAAAAUUCUGAAGAUGGUUUAAACAAGUUUGAUGGAACUGAUUCCUGUUAUUUUCAUUCUGGUCCUAGAGGAAAUCAUGAUCUCUGGGAUAGUAGGCUAUUUGCCUAUUCCAGCUGGGAAGUUUUGAGAUUCCUUCUUUCUAACUUGAGAUGGUGGCUAGAAGAAUAUGGCUUUGAUGGAUUCCGUUUUGAUGGUGUAACAUCCAUGCUUUAUCACCACCAUGGAAUGGGUCAAGGUUUUUCAGGGGAUUACAAUGAAUAUUUUGGACUACAAGUUGAUGAAGAUUCCUUGGUUUAUCUUAUGCUGGCAAACCACUUGGUUCAUUCAGUAUAUCCAGAUUGUAUAACAAUAGCUGAGGAUGUUUCAGGAAUGCCAGCUUUGUGCUGUCCUAUUACACAGGGUGGAGGAGGCUUUGAUUAUCGAUUAGCCAUGGCAAUUCCAGAUAAGUGGAUCCAGCUACUUAAGGAAUUUAAAGAUGAAGACUGGAAUAUGGGAAACAUUGUGCAUACCCUCAUAAACAGGCGCUACCUUGAAAAGUGUAUUGCAUAUGCAGAGAGUCAUGAUCAGGCUCUUGUUGGUGAUAAGACCCUGGCAUUCUGGUUGAUGGAUGCAGAAAUGUAUACAAACAUGAGUAUACUGUCCCCUCUUACUCCAGUUAUUGAUCGUGGAAUACAACUUCAUAAAAUGAUUCGUCUCAUUACUCAUGCACUUGGAGGAGAAGGCUAUCUGAACUUUAUGGGUAAUGAAUUUGGCCAUCCAGAAUGGUUGGACUUCCCAAGAAAAGGAAAUAAUGAAAGUUACCAUUAUGCUAGGCGGCAGUUUCAUCUGACUGAUGAUGAACUCCUUCGCUAUAAAUUCCUCUAUAACUUUGACAAAGAUAUGAAUAAAUUGGAAGAAAGAUUUGGUUGGCUUUCAGCACCUCAGGCCUAUGUGAGUGAAAAACAUGAAGAAAAUAAGGUCAUUGCUUUUGAACGAGCAAAUCUUCUUUUUCUCUUCAAUUUCCAUCCAGAAAAGAGUUUUACUGAUUAUAGAGUGGGAACAGCAUCACCAGGAAAAUUCAAAAUUGUUCUGGAUACUGAUGAAGAGAAAUAUGGAGGACAUCAGAGACUGGACCAUAAUACAGAUUUCUUUUCUGAGUCUUUUGGACAUAAUGGCCGUCCCUGUUCUCUUAUGGUAUACAUUCCAAGCAGAGUGGGUCUUGUGCUUCAAAAUAUGGAUAUGCCAAACUAAAGAAGAUAGAAUUUGCUUGCAUUGGAUGCAGAUCCUUGUUUUAUGUUCCUGUAUUUAGUAUCAGAGGGCUUUUAUUUUGUAAGCUUUUAAAAAAUGUGUGGCGAAAAAUAUUGGGAAUUGAAUACUGGUAUGUACACAUAAAUAUCAAAUUUUCUUUUAAAAUUCCUUUUCCAGGGCCAUAUAAAUCACAAGUAUAGAGAAAAAAUUAUCUUUGCAUUUCUAGUGUUCUCAUAUUAUAUUUUCAAAUCUUUAAGUGGCUAGUAUUCUCAAGUUCUGUUUUACAUUUUAUGAAAGUAAAAUGUACUUUCAUCCUUUUUUUCUUUGAGAUUUGAUUUAUUCAUUACAGGCUAUUUUCUUAAUGUAAUGCAUAAGCAGAAUUUUGUAAUUAAACAAAUAGUCUUCAGUUUCUCCUUGGAUACUUGGCAAAGAAUGCAGUGAGUGAGAAGCUAUCUUGGUUGUUAUACUGGUGAUUUUAUAAUAAAGUUAAGGGUUUUUCCAAAGAUAACAUAAUAGGUUUUAUUUUAAAGCCAGUUACAUAUGAUUUCACAUAACAGUUUUAUUUUAUUUACUCUCCUUCACAUAGCAUUCUUGUAUCCUAUUCUGUUUUCCUGAGCCUUAUUAUAAUAAUUGCAACAUUUCAGAAAACAUUUUCUUUUUCUAUUAGUAAAUAAUAUUGUCCAAAUAAUUUCACUCAGAUUUGUCUUAAUCUAUUAUUAUAAGGAAUUAAUUUAUCAUACAUUUUAACCUACUUGAUAUCAAAAUAUAUUCAUUUUGUAGCAUGAGCUACUAACAAUAGAAUUUUAUUAAAUAGCUCUUAUGCUCAAGAUAUUCUUAUUGUUAUAAUAUCAGUGAUCUUUGAAAGUGACAUUAACUCUUUAAGCUUUAUAUGGUACUAUAAUACUAUUCUUUGCCUCAUUGGAUUAAUCUUCCAUUGACAUAAUUAGUCCUCCUUUAAAAAGAUAUUUAAUUUAUACCUAGUUUAAAAAAAUAUUGCUGCUUCUUCAGUAAUUCAAAAUAUGGGCUACAGUGUGAUCCGUGGACAGAUUUCAGUCCCUUCAUGCCAUGGUCAAUGUGUCCAUGGUUUUCUUUAUUAUUACCAAUUCUUUGCAUACCUCAUAAGGUACAUUUUAACCACAUAUUAGCAUUGUUUCUUUUUUAAUUUGUUUUUUGUUUUGUCCUGAAACACUUGUGAUUUACAUAGCCUAUAUUCCUUUUUUUUUUUUUUUUUGCAAGACAAUCAGGGUUAAGUGACUUGCCCAGGAUCACACAGCUAGUAAAUGUCAUGUGUCUGAGGACAGAUCUGAACUCAGGUCCUCCGAGUUCCAGGGCCAUUGCCAUACAAUGUGUCAUCUAAGCACCCCACAAUUCUUAUUUUUAAUGGAAAAGACGUAUAAUACAAUUUGUUUUCUACUAACAAACUUUUGCAUUAUCUUGCAUAUAAUAAGUUUUCUUUUGUAAAGCAUAGAAUGACUGUAUGGAAAUGUAAGAUUUAUUUUAGAUUUCUAAAUUUAAUUUCUUUCUUUUUAGCCUUAAUUAGGAUAAUAAUUUGACUAUAUGUGAAAGAUUGAAAGGUACUGUGUGAUAAUUUUAAAUGCUGGGAAACAUGAGAUGGAAAGUCUUUUGUGAUGCAUUUCCCACUAAAAGGGGUUUAGGAAUAUCUUAGGACUGUCAUAAUCCGUGGACUAUAACUAUUGAAGAUGAAGACACCAUUACAUUGUUAAGUAUUACAGUUUGUAUUACUCUACCUUAGUUUUCAUUAUCCACAAAAGUGUUAACUAGGCCAUUUCCAUAUCAUGGUAGCAAUUUUAAUAUGGAAUAUAGAAUAGUUAUUUUGGAUUGUUAUAGAUAUGGAAUUAUUAUUUUGAAAAUUAUGACCUUUUGUGUCAAGGUCAAAAUCACCAGUGUAAUUAUGUGCUAUAUUUUCGUUAUAUUGAUUGAUUUCCCAAACGUAUUCUUUAGAUUUCACUGGUUUACAUUACAGGAUUCCAUAAAAUAAUGUAAAGUAAUUGCCUUUGUCACAUUUUUGUGCUAGAGGAACAAUAAAGUAUGCUGCUACGUAGGAAAAAUAAAAAUAUAUGCAAAUAAACAGAAUAUUAAGAGUUUAAAA